UAUCGCGCGUACCGUUGUCACUUUACCUUGAUUCUUUCAAAACUUGUGUUUUUAGCUUCGUACGUUGUAUUUCGUUAUUUAGCAUUCUGUUCGUUGCUGUCGUUUUUGAUUUCACGCGUUCACUUUGUUGUUUUUUCAUUUCACAUCGUUUGAUCAACGAAUAAAUAAAAACCAUUGAACAUUUUCGUGUGUGACUCGUUACUACGAAACUAUACAAUAUGGCUAGGAGAGGUUUGUUGACCGACGAUUUAUCCCAUGUCGAAUUCGAAACAAGCGAAGAUGUCGAAGUUAUGUCGACAUUUGAUUCAAUGCAUCUAAAGGAAGACCUUAUUCGUGGAAUUUAUUCAUAUGGCUUUGAACGUCCCUCUGCCAUACAGCAGAGGGCAAUUAAGCCCAUGAUUAAAGGACGAGAUGUUAUUGCCCAGGCGCAAUCCGGUACCGGUAAAACUGCUACAUUUUCCAUAGCAAUGUUACAAAUAGUGGACACACAACUCAGAGAGUCACAAGUAUUGUGUUUGUCACCCACCAGAGAGUUAGCUGUACAAAUACAAAAGGUAUAAUUAACAUAAAUUAUUUAUG